CUGAGCGGCCUGCCUUGGGCUUCUGGCUGCUGCAGAUUGUAUUGUGUUGUCGUGCUUUGCGGUGCGGUGCCUUACAUUGCGUUGCUUUGCGGAACAGAAACUGGGCGAGGCUCUUCCUGAGAAGAAGGGCCGCUGCUUACGGAGGGCUGGUGCGAUCUCGGGAGGUCGGUACAGCGAUGGCGGCGCAGUGUGUAACAAAAGUGGAGCUGACUGUGUCAUGUAACAAUCUCCUGGAUAAAGAUAUUAGCUCCAAGUCAGACCCACUUUGUGUCCUACUUCAGUACACAAGUGGACAGCAGUGGUAUGAGGUUGAUCGCACAGAAAGGAUCAAAAACAGUUUGAACCCCAAAUUUUCCAAAAAAUUCCUGAUUGAUUACUAUUUUGAACUAGUUCAGAAACUCAAAUUUGGGAUUUUUGACAUUGACAAUACAACUGUUCAGUUGAAUGAUGAUGACUUCUUAGGAGAAUUUGAAUGCACACUAGGACAGAUUGUUUCUAGCAAGACACUUACCAGACCUUUAGUGUUAAGAAAUGGCAGACCUGCAGGAAAAGGUGUAAUUACGAUUAGUGCUGAAGAAAUAAAAGAUAACCGUGUGGUCAUACUUGAAGUUGAAGCAAGGAAACUGGACAAUAAGGAUUUAUUUGGAAAAUCUGAUCCUUAUUUGGAAUUCCACAAGCAGAUCUCUGAAGGAAAGUGGGUGAUGGUGCAUAGAACAGAAGUUAUUAAAAAUAAUUUGAAUCCUGUCUGGAGGCCAUUUAAAAUCUCUCUCAACUCUUUGUGUUAUGGUGACAUGGACAAAACAAUCAAGGUCGAGUGCUAUGACUAUGACAAUGAUGGAUCGCAUGAUCUCAUAGGGACUUUUCAAGCUACGAUGUCUAAACUGAAGGAAGCCUCUCGACAUUCACCAAUUGAAUUUGAAUGCAUCAAUGAAAAGAAGAGACAGAAAAAGAAAAGCUACAGAAACUCGGGGAUUGUGAGCUUUAAACAUUGUGAGGUUAUCACCGAAUGUACUUUUCUUGACUACAUCAUGGGGGGGUGCCAGUUGAAUUUUACUGUUGGCAUUGACUUUACUGGAUCUAAUGGAGAUCCUCGUUCUCCAGACUCCUUACAUUACAUCAGCCCCAAUGGAGUGAAUGAAUACUUGUCAGCCAUUUGGUCUGUAGGAAUGGUCAUUCAGGACUAUGACACAGAUAAGCUGUUUCCAGCUUUUGGAUUUGGUGCUCAGAUUCCCCCUUCAUGGCAGGUGUCGCAUGAAUUCCCAUUGAACUUUAACCCAUCAAACCCAUUCUGCAAUGGUAUCCAGGGUAUUGUGGAUGCAUACCGUGUCUGCCUUCCUCAAGUAAGAUUGUACGGGCCCACCAACUUCUCUCCAAUCAUCAAUCAUGUGGCUAGAUUUGCUGCUGCGACUCCACAGCAGAGAACAGCCUCACAAUAUUUUGUACUCCUGAUAAUCACAGAUGGGGUGAUAACAGACCUUGAUGAGACUAGAUCUGCUAUUGUCAAUGCAUCUAAGCUUCCCAUGUCCAUCAUUAUUGUUGGUGUUGGAGGUGCUGAUUUCAGUGCCAUGGAAUUUCUGGACAGUGACAGUGGAGCUCUGAGAUCACGUUCAGGAGAGGCUGCUAUUCGAGACAUUGUCCAAUUUGUGCCAUUUAGACAGUUCCAGAAUGCUCCCAAGGAAGCUCUGGCUCAAAGUGUCCUGGCAGAGGUGCCACAGCAAGUUGUGGGCUACUUCAGCAUGUACAAGCUGCAGCCACCAAACAAGCCCUCAGCCAAGCAAGAACAGCAGAAGCAAGCCUGAAUCGCCCCGUGGGAAGUUUCUGUGCUGCCUGUCAGUGGUAUCCCUCGAUGGUGAUGCACAAUAAAAGCCUUUUCAUCCAUUCUGCAAAAGUUGUGAUGUACUAAGAUAGCCUUUCUCAUUUUUAUUCUGAGUUGCCAAAGAUGCUCUAUGUUUAACAUCCCAUUGGAAGUGAGUUUGGAACAGUAAUUUAAGCAUACAAGGUCUCCAACAAUACAUACCUCUGGGAGCAGCAGAGUAGUUAACACGUGCCUUUGAAAUGAUGGUGCAACUGCCAUGGGUGCUUAAUUCUUGCAUAUGCUCUACAUAAAAUAUUCAGUCUUUUUUCAGACUUAAGAAGGAUUAAGACCAGGGUGAUAAAUCCAGGAUAUUUAAGCAUCUUUCUUCAUUCCUCCUCUGUGGCUUCUGCCUUUCUAUUUCUGAACUUUUGCAAUUUGAUGAAGCAGUAAAUAAUUGAAAACUUGAGUAUUAUCUGGAGACUGGAACUGAACUGUAUUACAAUUUACAGAUUCAGCUUGCAUUGUAGUAUUAAAUCAAGGUAACAUCUGACAUUGAUACACGGUUGCCAACAGUUUAUGUCUUUGUUUCACAAAGAGGGUAUAAAUAGGAUUAGGACUGCUUUUGUUGCUUAUUUUAUCACAAACCCAUUUGACUUUUGAGGAAUCUAAUUGUGUAAAGUAACAGCAUGGACUUAGAAGCUGUAUAUGUGUGUGCCUGGGGAGGCUUAUCUGUUUUAUAGCUGUAUAUAGAGAGAUCUCUAUGUUCUAGAGAAUCUGUAUUAUUUUGAUACUUCAUAAAAGGUUUCUCUAUGGAUAUAGCUAGUUCCAGGAUGCUUUAUCACUUUCAGUAAUACAAACUGAAGUUCUUCCCACAGCGGAUUUAGAGUAGCUAGAGAGAGUAAAUUUUCUUUUUAGCACAAUGCCCAUGUAUUAGAUUAUCUUGUACUGUAUGUUCUUUCAGGUCCUCUGGCCUUUGCGGAUUUUUGCCUUUAUUUAGUGACAGUUAAUGGGUUUGUGCUUGCAUUUCAUCUGCUUUUAGUGUUUUUUUCUUCAUCCCCACUGCAUACUGAUCAGGAAUCCAAAAGUAUGUUAUUGGACAUAUUUUCUUUCCAUUUGUUUGAUGAGAAAGAAGCGUACAUAACAUUUCUGUUCUCCUUUUGUUCUUCAUUCUGGUCUCAAUGCUCUGAGUGAAAUGAAUUGGACUGAGCUGUCUGAAAAUGAUUGUUAACUGCCCAGUAUAAAGUUAUAUAGGCCCUAUUCAAAAGGCAAGAAUGAGAAAUCGAUGUUAAGAGCAUAGAACCUGAUAUGUAUGUGUUUUUCUAGGAAAGUGGAAGCCACCUGCCUUCUGUCUUGCAGCUUUGCCUUAUGAUCAUGUUAAAAUGGAAAAUAUCUACAGCUUAUAACAUGUCCAACCAGUGCCAUGCUUAGAACUAGACAUGUAUUUAGAAUAUCAUCUAUUCAUCUGAUUAAAUGUAUUUUUUUCCAUCAAGAAUAUCCUACGAUAACCAAAUCUUUAGCGGGUCUCUUAUAGCAGCCUAUUGGGGACUUCUUUCUUUGUUUCAUGCACACUCUGCAAAUGUAUAGGUGACUAUUUAUUUAGAGUAGGGAUUCCUUGCUAGUGGAUUGGUGAGCAGAACUAGAUCCCAGGAGUGUGUAAAUGUAUUAUGUAAUAAUAUACUUUAUGAAUAUUACUUAUUGUACUAUGACCAGUUUGCAUCAGAGGUUUAUCAUGUUUGGAGUCCAAGUAUUUCAGGAUCAAAUAAUUAGAAUACAAAAACUAUUUUUUUUUUAAUCUGAGAUAUUUGCUAUGAGCUUUUGUAAGAAAGAUUGAAGUUUUAUUUUUGCACUUUGUUAUUACCUUAUACUGUAUUUUCAGACUUAUAACAAAAGGGAAACAGCAGUAUCUCAGCCAGGGGCCACUUCUUGCAUGCUUUCCACUCUAUUCAACAUACGGUCUGUGUCUUAAGUCAGUAGUUGCCUAUGGAUGCCUCCCUUGGCAUAUGCCAGGCUAUGCAACUUUUUAAAUAGAUUUUUUUUAAUUGAAAAAAAGUUUGCCUUCUGAAAAAUAUUUUGUGACUAGCCUUACCCACUAUGGCAGCCAUGGCUCGCAAAAUUCAACAGGUUCUCUGUGUUCUGGAAAUACUGUGUUGCGCUUCUCCUAUCUUGAAAAAGGAUAGCAUAGCCUAUAACUAUGCAGCUGAAUCCAUAGGAGCUAGGCAACUUUUAAAUCUAAUGCAUUGCAUUUCUUAAUAAAAUAAUAUGAUUAGAACUAAAUCCAUAAAUUAUGAAUAAAGUACCUGCUUAGUAAUACUUGCUUUUCCUUAUCUAUGUUUUCAGCAUAAUUUUUCUAGCAACCCAUUAGCACCACCUUGUGAUAGAAUUUGAUAUUGGCAUAUUUGUACCAGUAAUUGUUAAUUUUUCCUGUUUGAUACUUUUCUCAUAAAGCUGUGUUUUGCUUUGAAAGUAUGAUAUAUAUAGUUUGCACUGUCUUAUUUCCUGCAUAAUGCUGUUUUUUUGUAUUUGAUGUUGAAAUUGACUUUGAAUGUGACAUGACAUAUUUUAGUGACAAAUAAACCAGAUUUGUUAUA